AUGGCUGGGCGAUUAACAAAUUAUGAAAUUAGUCAAGCUUUAGAGAAAGAUUUUGAAGAAAAUGAAAAUGACGAUGUAGUUUUUGAUGAAAGUGAAGAUGAUUCAGACCACUUGAGUGUACCACAUGAUUCUGAUGAUGAUAAGGAAGAAGCAGAAGUCUUUAAUGAACAAAAUAAUAGUGAAAACGAUGAUAGUGAUUUUGAGAUGUCCCAGCCAUUGAGUAAUUUUGCUCACAGAUCAAUAUAUAAAGGGAAAGAUAGGGUACUUUGGUACCAUAAUCCUCCGAGUUCUCGUGUUCGCACAAGAGCAGAAAACAUUUUAACGGGAACAACUGGAGUAAAACUUCACGCAAAGAAUGCUCUCCAAGAACUUGAUUGCUUCCAUCUAUUUGUAACCGAAGACAUGUUGAACAUAGUGCUGGAACACACUAACAAUAAGAUCCGCAAUUUGAGGCAGAGUUAUGAGAGUUCAAACGAAUAUGCAUAUUCAGAGACUAUUCAAAUCUGGGAGAUAAAACCUCAAAGACAUGAUGCUGAUGACAUCAUGCCCACUUUCAAGAAUCUGUACCUUGAACAUCAGUUCGAUGCGGCGUGUGGCUGCUGCCCUGCUUGCGCCCACGACUGGUUCCUUGGCUGCAACUGCGACUGUGGCGGUGACUGCGGUCACGUCUAUGACCAGGACUGUGACCACGGCUGCGGUCUCGGCUGCGGCCACGACUGCGGCUACGACUGCGGCCACGACUGCGGCCACGUCUGCGGCCACGACUGCGGCCACGACUGCGGCCACGACUCCGGUCACGACUCCGGUCACGACUCCGGUCACGACUCCGGUCACGACUCCGGUCACGACUCCGGCCACGACUCCGGCCAGCAUUACGAGAUUCGUCUUUAG